AUGCGGGCCGCGAGAGCGGUACCAAAUCGAGGUCUCCGCAAAGUCGUAAGACCCUGUAUAGAGGUGACGCCUACCCAGUGCCGAAAGGCCAAGGAAGUUGAUGACCUGAUGAGAGGGGAGUCGGUGACAGAAGCUUCGGUGAACGGCUGUCGUAACUAUACCGAUCCUAAGGUAGCGAAAUUCCUUAUCGGCUUAGGUGGAAGGCAAAGAAGGCCUCCUUCCGAGGGGCCUGAGCCAUCAGUGAGAUACCACUCUGGAAGAGCUAGAAUUCUAACCUUGUGUCAGGACCAACGGGCCAAGUGA